CUGCAAUCUGCAUAUAGGAAAGGUUCACCGCAAAAUCUACUGUCACAACUUGCCCACAUCCUUGCAGUAUGGCUCAACGAAUGCGCGCUGUACAGUAUACCUCUGUCCAGGGAGGACUGGAGAAGAAUCUACGCUACACGGAAGAGGCCUUGGCUCCGCAGCAUGAUGAACAGAUGCAACGAGGAGACCACAUCAUGGUUGAAGUCAUUUCUGCCUCUAUCAACCCACUGGACUGGAAGAUGCCAGAGACUCCGGUGCUUGGGAAGGCCCUGACUUACUCCUUUACCUCUUCCGCCACGAUACCUGGUAUGGACUACUGUGGAAGGAUAAAGUCAACUGGCUCUACCAUCGACACCUUCAGCAUCGGCGAAAUGGUAUAUGGACGCUUGACUAGACCUACGUCUUCCGGAACUCUUGCCCAAUACGUCAACAUCGACCCUGGAACCUGCAUUCCCCUUCCAGAAGGAGUAAAUCCAGACGAUGCUGCUACACUUGGUAUCGCCGGUGAGACGGCUUACCGCAGCAUUGUACCCAAUGCGAAGGCCGGCGAUAGAGUGUUUAUCAAUGGGGGCUCUUCAGGUACAGGAACAUUCGGUAUUCAGAUUGCGAAGUUGCUUGGCUGCCAUGUUACGGUAUCCUGCUCGACAUCAACUAUUGAACUCUGCAAAGAGCUCGGAGCAGACGAAGUCUUCGACUACACCAAGACAGAUCUGAUCGCGGAGCUCAUCGAGUCUGGGAAGACAGAGCCCUUUGACCUUGUAGUCGACGAUGUCGGCGAACCAUCAGAUCUGUACAAGGAGUCACAUCUUUAUCUCAAUCCUGAAGGCAAGUUCAUCUCGAUCGGCAGCAAAAACGAUAUCGCGUCACUCGCGGCGCGUACACUUCCGACAUUCUUGGGUGGUGGAAGACGCAAGUCUGAGCAGGUUCACGUGCUUCUUGGUACACAUCGAGAUGAUCUGGUGCAGCUUGGUAGGUGGAUGGCGCAAGGCAAGAUCCGGGCUGUUAUCGAUUCAACCUAUCCUCUGAAGGAAGCUGCAGAGGCGUACGCAAAGCUGAAGGGCGGUCACACGCACGGCAAAAUUGUGAUUAGGGUCGGCGCGAAGCAUUGACCCGAGCUGAGGUGUCUCACGUAGUGUCAGAAAUGCGAUGGAAGUUACAACAAGGUGUUCAUCAUCUAUAAUAUACAUAUAGCAUCCGAAUUAUGACGGGGGAAGUCUGGAGUCAGGCGUAUUUUGAAGCACAAGCAAGGGUACCAACCAUACUCAAAAGCACCGCGUACUGUCCAUACUCGAGCAGAGACAAUUACAAUUUCGACUUGUCAAAUGUCCGACAAUGGAUUGAAAAACACCACGUCGACCUCGCAGCGCGGGGAAGAGCGACUUCCAGACUAGACGCGAAUUCACUUGCCAGCUCAGCACACAGACUCGUCGAGGGUGCGACGAGAUGGCAUUCUCCAUAUUCCGCG